AUGGAAGGCGAUUGCUCGGAGUGGAGGGUACCGAGAUCGAAGAGGCCGCACCGCCGACGAAUUCUUUGUCCAACUUUGUCAGUUGCCAAUGGCGAGCAGGUGCUGCGUGAUGGCAGCUUGCCCAAGCUGCCCAUGCAGCGAUCUUUGCAGCCAAGUCCGAGUUUGCCCCUGUCCGUGUGCAUCAGGGUUCUGUACUUCGCACACGAUGGCACCCAGGCCGACACCGGUAACUUGCUGGAGCUUCAAGUCUCCACCUCCACGACCUGUGAGGUCUUGCUGCGGCACGUCCGUGAAGCGGUGGGCUGCGGCGAGAAGGGCCGCCUGCUAUUCCGCAUGCGCCCGCUCGACGCCAAUGCCACGUUGGAAAUGAGUGGCAUCCACAAGGAUCCCAAGGCGCUGCACUUCCUGUUGAACCGGAAGCAUCGGCCGCCUGAGGUGGUCGAGCGUGCCAACCGUGAGGCUGCUGAGCUGUCUGCAGCCAUGGCUGUAGCUGCUGCCGAAGCAGCGGCACGGCCCCGCCGGCGGAGGCAAAGCCCAAGACCUGCUUCCACCGGCUCUAUGCAGAGUGACCCACCUCAGCUUACAUGA